AUGAUUCGGCGAAUCGUGUCCACUGCCACUCUGGCGCUUGCUUUCAUCGGUGAAGUUUCCGCGACGAAUAAGUAUACGUUAGUCGAUGAUUAUGCAGGAACCAAUUUUUUUGAUAUGUUCGAUUUUUAUACGGGAGCCGACCCAACAACCGGAUUCGUUUCAUAUACUUCUAAAGAAGUAGCCCAAAAUGCAAACAGCGAGCUUGGUGUAGCCUUGACAAAGGUCGAGAAUGGACAAGCUUAUAUGGGUGUCGACUACGUCAAUGUGGUCACCACUGGCCGGCCCAGUGUUAGGAUACAAAGUAAAGAGACCUAUACUCAUGGCUUGAUUAUUGCCGACCUUGCGCAUAUGCCGGCUAGUAUUUGUGGUACCUGGCCAGCGUUCUGGACCGUCAAUACUACCAAUUACCCACAAUACGGAGAGAUAGGUAUUCUUGGAAACAUCCACGAGAAGACUGUCAGCUUGCAAACGCUUCAUACCGGAGAAGGAUGCUAUAUUUCCGGUAACCAAUAUUCAACUCAAUCAAAAGAUAACGUCACAACAUACAACUGCGAUGAUUCUGCUACCUCAAGCAUAUUUGGAACCCAAGAAGGCUCCUCUGCAUGCUCUGGUACUAAUUCCGACCCAAAUUCUUACGGAACGACAUUCAAUAGCAACGGGGGUGGUGUAUAUGCCAUGCAAUGGACGAGCGAUGUUAUCAGAAUGUGGAACUUUGGACCUCAUGCGAUUCCAGCCGAUAUAACUGCUGGUACACCAGAUCCAUCCACCUGGGAUCUUCCUGCCUUUACUACCGAAGGAGGAGUUUGUAACAUUGAUGGAUUAUUUGCCAACCAUAAGAUCAUCUUCGAUACAACAUUCUGUGGAGUAUAUGCUGGAAAAAUUGGAAUCUGGCAAGAGACAACUUGUUAUGACGCAGAGAAAUAUCCUACCUGUGAUAGUUAUGUUGGAGCAAACCCAGAAGCAUACAAGGAAUCUUAUUGGCUCAUCAACAGUGUUAAGGUUUACCAAAAUGAUACCUUGGCCGCUACUAGCGCUACUAGCGCUUCAUCUACAUCAGCCGCUAUCGUUGCUUCUUCGACCGAAAUCUCAACUACUGCUAGCCCAAUACUUAGCUCGACUGCUCAAGCUGAAUCUCUUUUGGGUAUCGCGACUUCCGAAGUCGCAUCUGUUGUCUCCGUUGUCGCUUCUAGUUCAUUAUCUUCUGCAGCAUGUGUCUCUACAGGUGCUCUCAUUUCUGGCCAGACCGCUUGCCCGGUAUCUUCUGUAGAGGCAUCUUCUACCACAAGCAUCAUUGCUUCAGUACCAUCUGUCGCUACAAUUAUUCCCACAGCAGCUCCAUUAGAGACAUCUUCCACAGCCAGUAUUAUUGCAUCAGUAUCUCCCGUUCAAGAAUCCUCCGCUGUUCGCAUUGUAUCUUCAGCAUCUUCUAUUGAGCAAUCCUCAGUUGCCGGCGCUCUUACCACUGGUUCAGUUCCAUACCCCCAUACUACCUCUACCAUCUACGGAACAAACACACGCACUGACGAGUUUGGAUCUGUUGUAACCGAAACCAUUAUUCUUUCGACUACCAUUUGCCCAAUCACUGCUGCCGAGGGAGAAGCCACUCCUUCACCAUCCAGCGCAAAUGUCGAUUCGACCACAACUAUUCAAAGUACUAUCACAAGCGUCAAAUCAGCCGCUACAAUCUACAGCACUGUUACACUUCCAGGUGAAGUAUCCUCUGCUAUCAUUGUAGCCACUAGCGAAAUUGCACAAACAACUGUCCCAGCUCAGCCUUCAUCUACCGAGAUCGCUGUGACCAGCGGUCCUAUUAUUAGUUCGACUUCUGUUUUGGGAGUUGCCGUUAGCAGUCCGAUUGCAGAAAACACCAGCAGUGCUGUUGUUGUUCUCCAAACUGCUACCGUCAUUCCAGAAGCUUCCACAACUCAAGUAUCUGAGGCCGCAUAUGCUUGGAGCACUGUAACUACCGAGGGAACCAGUACUGUCGUUCCUGUUGGUUUAAGCCCAAGUGUUCCAGCAUAUGCUGAAAGUGAUAGUUCUGUGCCAACUGCUUCAGCUGGAGCUAACUCUGGUGAGACCACCAGCGUCUCUUCCCCAGCUUGCGUACCCUCUGGUGGUGCUCUUUUGUCUGGCCAAACAGCUUGCCCAGAAACACCCGCUACAUCGACUAGUACUCUCUCAGGUGAGGUUACUGGCAUUGUUUCUUCGGUCGUUAUUCCUACCCUAACUUUAUCUUCUGCCGCAUGUGUCGCUUCCGGAGCUCUUCUUUCCGGUGAAGCAGCCUGCCCAGACACUCCAGCAAAAGCUGUAAGCUCGAGCGUGGCCACUUCCACUCAACCAUCCACUACAUCAGUAACCAACACUCCUAUUCGAAGUGACGCCUCGGUCAUCCUCUCUACCGCAACCGUGGUUCCCAUGCAAUCUGCUCCUGCUCAAGUCGCUACAUCUGCCGAAGGCAUUAGCACUCCUCAAUCAUCCAGCGUAGUCGCCCAAGCUGGAACCACCAGUCCAAUGAUCUUUACCCCAACCUACGCAACCACCUCCUUCAUCACAAAACCCACAUCUGCAUCCGCCAACGCUACCUCUACCCAAACUAUUACCUCAAGUAGCGUAUCGAUAACCGGUACUAGUAUCCUUAUCGACACCUCUACACUUGGAAGCACCGAAACUUUCAUAUUCGCCAUUCCAAGCGUCUACAGCGCGACUGGAACAAGCGAUGCCAGUGCUGUCACUGCUUAUCCUUAUUUAGACUCUGGAGUCUCAAAGGUCAGUGUUCGGGGAUGUAUUAUGGCUGCUAUGGGGGUCAUGGCUUUAUUAUUGGUGGUUUAG